AUAUAUUUUGAUGUAUUAUACAUAUAUUUUUAUCAACAAUAUUGCCAAUCAUAGAUUCGAUAUAUAAAUCUGAUCGAUUAAUUAAUUUGUAAACACUAUGUGACAAAAUACACAAAUAUAUACAUGCGACAGAAUAGAAGAAUAAAUAUCUGAAAAAGUAUCUGAAAAUUAGUCGCAUUACAUAUAAGAAAAUAAAAAUAAAUAAUGAAGCUUGUUUCUAAUCGAGUUUGAGUAAAGCUUUAAUAAAAUCUAGAAGUUUAAUUAGUAACUUAAUAAUAAUAAUAAUAACUCAUCUAUUUUUGAGUCACACUCUGCAUACAUAAUCUAUUAGAAAUAUAAAUGACUAAAUUUCACGUUUGAGACAAGAAACUUGACGUAAGUGUCAAGUGUUCUCCAUGUAAGUAAUGAGGCUAACGGGAUCUAAAUAAAAUUUUUACGCAUGUGCCAUUGCAUCCUCGAGAUGUCUCGUCGAAGGUACCGGCAAGGAAAGUCGAAGCCGCGUACGAGGAAGGAAUAGCGAUCAAUUCGACAGCUGAACGGACGAUGUUCAAGCUAUUGCCAUUAUGUAGAUAAAGGUCAGGCAAGAUGUACAUUCCGUGGCUGAAUGAAUUUUAAGGGAGGAUGUACUUCUUAAAGCGCAACCCUGAACGCGAAAUCCUUGAAGAGACGGGAGGCCGCAAUGCGAUUGUUCCUCUUCGUUAUAAUGUGAUCGAAUCGCAUAAGUAAGUUCACCGGAACACAUUAUGUAUAUCGGGACACGUACCAUAUGUACGGUACGUGCAUGCGUGCGCGCGUGCAUGCGUGCGUGAUCGUAGACGAACAGCCGUAGAAUAGAAAACGCGCAGCCGAAGGUUCAUUCACCAAAUUGGGAAAAGAAACUGCCAUGCAAAGGUUGAACGAGUUCAACGAAAUCAAGAAGUUCCAUCGCAAGCAUCUUCGCCUCGCACAUUGAAAUUAUUUUCCUCGUGAUUUUCCUCGUGUUUCAUAAUAUUAGAUCUAAAAAUACUUUCUUGUACAGUACAAAUUUUACAGCUAUUUCAAUAAUACUGCUGCAACAUUGUAACGUUGCAACAAUGUUGCUACAAUAUAGUUGCAAAGUUUAUGUUGUAUGAGUUUUAUCAAAUCUGAGAACCGUAGUUAAACCGAAAGUAACCUGACAUAUGUGUUUAGUUAACCAAAUCUCGUCUUAAUGCAAGUUGCCGUAAUGUUUUGCCGAAGUCAAAAGUAGGACCCGUAGAAUAGUGAAAGUACAGUUUCGUACAAACAUUAACGCGUGAGCGAUUUAUUGGAUAAAAAAGUUAUAGAAAAAAAAAAAAAAAACAUGUCUUUGAUAACAUCUUGAAACAAGCGACAAGUAAUCGAAUAACAAAAUGUAUACAACAGAGAUAAGCACACAGUAAUGUGAUCAAAGUCCGAUACGUAAAUCUUUGCGAUGGAUGCACAAAUAACUUCUGUGUGGUCGAUUGCCGCAGCGAUGGAUAUUCGCCAUCAUGGGAUUUCUGGCGAUUCUAAAUGCCUAUACCAUGAGAGUCUGCCUCUCAAUCACUAUUACAGAAAUGGUGAUUCCCAUAAAUCAUACUUACACAGACGAUACUUGUCCCACAAAUGAAUCAACGAAUUCAAAUAGUGAUUCAAACAAUCAAUAUGAUAAUCGAUAUCACUGGGACGAACGUACACAGGGUCUUAUCCUCUCAUCUUUUUUCUGGGGCUACGUCCUCACCCAUCUGCCAGGCGGAAUGCUAGCUGAGAGGUUUGGUGGCAAGUACUCUCUCGGUCUCGGUAUUCUUUCAACAGCGAUAUUUACUCUGUUGACACCGGUGGUGGUUACGUGGGGUGAGUCAACUGGCCUGAUCGUGCUUCGGAUUCUCAUGGGCUUCGGUGAGGGCACGACCUUUCCGGCAUUGAACGCUAUGUUGGCGCAAUGGACUCCGCCGGAGGAAAGAUCGAUUAUAGGUUCACUAGUGUUUGCUGGUGCCCAACUUGGUACAGUGUUCGCCAAUGCGGUGUCUGGCGUAAUUAUACAUAACUAUGGUUGGCCUGCAGUCUUCUAUGUGUUCGGCGGCAUCGGCGUACUAUGGUUCCUCGUAUGGGUAUUGCUUUGUUACAACAAUCCGUACGAGCAUCCGUUCAUCUCCGAACGCGAAGUCAAAUAUCUUCAUGAACGUAUGAACGAACAUACUCAUAGUAAACCACCACCGGUGCCCUGGCGGCAUAUGCUGUCUUCGUUGCCUGUCUGGGCUCUGAUUACCGCCCAAAUCGGUCACGAUUGGGGUUUCUUUACUUUGGUCACUGAUCUACCUAAGUACAUGAGCAGCGUUCUGAAAUAUUCCAUCAAGAGUAACGGCUUCGUCUCAGCAUUGCCCUAUCUCGUCAUGUGGUUUAGCAGCAUAGGGUCAUCCUGGCUGGCCGACUGGAUGAUCACUAAAGGCAUCAUGUCGCGUACUAACGUACGAAAACUCGGCACCACGAUCGCCUCCGUAGGUCCAGGUGUCUUUAUUAUCGCCGCCUCAUAUGCCUCGUGCGACAAAACGCUAGUGGUGGCCAUGUUCACUAUCGGCAUGGCUCUGAUGGGUACCUUCUAUCCUGGGAUGAAGGUCAAUGGGUUGGAUCUUAGCCCUAAUUAUUCUGGUACCCUGAUGGCAUUGGUAAAUGGAAUCGGCGCCUUCACUGGUAUUAUUACACCAUACAUCGUUGGCGAGUUGGCACACGAGCAAACGCUUACCCAAUGGCGAACCGUCUUCUGGAUCGUCCUGGGCGUUUUCAUCGGUACGAAUAUAAUUUUCGUUAUCUUCGCUAGUGGCGAGGUUCAAUACUGGAACGAUCCCGACUUUGUGAUACGAGAUCGGGAGGAAAGGCGGUUGAAGUUGGAAGGAACAAAGGCCGAAAAGAAUAAGGAGGAUAAGAAAUCGGUGGAAAAAUAUUGAAAAUUGAAGUAUUGAAAGAUGAAGAAAUAUUACCUCCAACAUUUUCUUCUUCGCGAUGCUACAGAAAGCGUUAUUUCUUAACGAACGGGAAACAAAUCGAACUCUCUUUCCCGUUAAUAAUCUCACGACCAUCCGAUUCCGAGACAUCAUCUUUCCUCGACAAGCUCAUUCUCAAGGUCUGCCUGUUGUUUCGCCGCAACUUUCAAUGAAGAUCUCACAUCCGCGUGAAGAGAUGCCCGAGAAAGAUGCGCAUUGACAUCUCUUGCGCAUAAUCCUUGAAUAGUAAUUUUAUGCAUUAAUUUAUAACAUUAAGUCGCACAGUCGGAAUGCAUCUCGAAUUCACGUCAACUCGUAUCGCGAGCGCUCAACGUGCCGGCGACGUUUACGCAAGCGAGCCUUUUCGUUGUGAAAGGAGAAACUGUAAAUUAAAGCCGAUAGACCAUUAACCAUUGUACAUAUUACAAAUUGUAUAGAAUUAUAAGUAAGCUUAUAGUGUGAAUUUAAUUUAAUAAUGUGUUCAAAUUUUAAGUUUAAAGUACUAAUCGCCCAAAUCGUCAGUAUAUCGCUAUUUCUAAUAGAAGUAUACAUUCAGGCAAUCGAGUUCUUCUCGAGAAUUCGAUUCGGCAAAUCCUAUUGCGAAUUAGUAAUAUACUGACAAAAUUAUCGAACCAUCCAGUCAUGCUUAAACAUAGCCAUAUUAUCCAACGGCCCAAAAUAUAAAUAAGGAGCUUUAAGAAGUAUCAACC